CAGAGUGUGAUCCUGUCUCGAAAAAAAAAAGUGAAAAGAAUGAAGACUUGUCAGGUGGUUAUUCAUAACGAUAGAUAGUAAAGCACCACCAGUGCGAUUUUUUUCCUGCGUUGUGGCCUCACCUGUUAAUAACAGGUGAGGACUGGACUUUUAUUUAUUAAAUUGUCUUGUUUUAUUGACAAUACAUGCAUCCUAUCUUUUGACUUUGAAGGAUAUCUCAUGUCAAGGGAAUCAACUUACGAUACUGUAGAGGAUUCAGCGGGAAUACCUUGGGGGCACUAGCUGCGGGUGGCACAAUGGCUACCGAGACAUGAAGGCUUUGGCCACUAGUUUCGCCCUUGGGAGCCUGGGGUUGGCCUUCUACCUGCCUUUGGUGGCUACUACACCUAAAACACUGGCCAUCCCUGAGAAGCUUCAAGAAGCUGUGGGGAAAGUUAUCAUCAAUGCCACAACCUGUACUGUCACCUGUGGCCUAGGCUAUAAGGAGGAGACUGUCUGUGAGGUGGGCCCUGAUGGAGUGAGAAGGAAAUGUCAGACUCAGCGCUUGGAAUGUCUGACCAACUGGAUCUGUGGGAUGCUUCAUUUCACCAUUCUCAUUGGCAAGGAAUUUGAGCUUAGCUGUCUGAGUUCAGACAUCCUAGAGAUUGGACAGGAAGCUUUCCGGUUCACCUGGAGACUUGCUCGAGGUAUCAUCUCAACUGACGAUGAGGUCUUCAAACCUUUCCGAGCCAACUCCCACUUUUUGAAGUUUAAAUAUGCUCAGGAGUAUGACUCUGGGACAUAUCGAUGUGAUGUGCAGCUGUUAAAAAACUUAAGACUUGUCAAGAGGCUCUAUUUUGGGCUGAGGGUCCUUCCUCCUAACUUGGUGAACCUGAAUUUCCAUCAGUCACUUACUGAGGAUCAGAAGUUAAUAGAUGUGGGAUUGGAAGUUAAUCUGGACAACUACUACAAGCCUCACCGCCCAGAGUGGAAAAAGAAGGUGGCGUCAGCCUUGGGAAUAGGAAUUGCCAGUGGAGUGGUUGGUGGUGUGUUGGUGAGGAUUGUCCUCUGUGUGCUGAGGGGGGACCUGCAGCAGUGACACCCUCAAGAGUUUAACAGCCUUGCCCCUGAAGGACUGGCUGCCCAGGAAGCCAAGCUAGCUUUUUAGGGGAGUGUUCCAGCUGUUAUUAGUGGAUCAGCUAAGAGUCAAGUCUCCCACAGCCAAAAGAAGGAGUGGGAGAAGUAGAGGGGACAUCUUGGCUGUUACGGGCAGUAAUCCAACUUCCUUACAUCCUGUGGAUCUCUUCCUGAUCUUCCCUGCCCAUUGGGUACCCAGGAAACUGCGAGCAUUGCCUGUGUUCCUGGGAAGAGUUCUGAGAAGCUUGCAUUCAUUUUCUACCCUUUAUAACUUGGAUGGCUCCCCACCUCCAUUUCCCCUCUUCUGAGUUCUGUAUUCAUGUAGAGGGAUGUAUUCAGCUUUUCUAGUGAACAUUUGUUUCUUCAAUAAAAGUAAUUCACAGUA